AUGGAGGAAGACAUACCUAGUGAUGAAGAACAAAUAUAUGUCCAAGAUUUUCUAAGCGAACAAAACCGUCAGAUACAAUCCGGAGAGCCCUCAUCCGCCAAACUAAAAAGACUGUGUCAAACUGAGGCAAAAAAAAAAUUAUUUCUCAAAAUUGACCUUCAAAAAGUCGAAAUUUUCACCAAUGAUGCUUGUACUCAUAAUUAUGUAAAUGAUUCCAGAAAAGAUUAUAUGUCGUUUUUAGUCAAGUAUCAGAGGAAUGAAGUAUCUUUAUGUUUAUUUGGAUGUAAGCAUGAAAUCGUGAUUCCAUGGCCAGAGUUAAAGGGAUUUAGACUUGACCCAUCGUCUGGUGUUCUAAAAAUUAAAGUGGAUUAUGGAUUUAUGAGAUUGUUACCACCAGUGACAAUGGAUAACGACCCUACUAAUGGAGUAUUAUCUAAUGCUGUUGGAUUUUGUCUCUACCCAAAACCUUGGGAACACUUAAAUACAUUAAUGGUAGUGGAAGCUGGCAUAAAUAGAUUAUGUUUUGCUGACGUGAAAAAAGAAAAUAAAUUACUAAUAGAUGGAUCUAAUUCUUUUAAUGAUAAGAUCUUUGUCCAAUGUAUUUUUACAACACAAAUACAUGAUCUAACAUUAUCUAUAGAUAGCACAUUCUUUGAUUUCUUGAUAUUAGUAAAUCAACAAUUUAGAUUUUCACCAGAAUGGAUUGAGUAUUUUGACAGGAAGAGUAAUGAGAAGAUUAGUAUCACAGAUGAAGAGGAUUGGAAGAUUGCAAAAUAUAGCUAUAUUAAAACAAAAAAAGGAUUGGAUGAUGAGACAUUAAAGAUUUUUUUAACACAAUAA